CUGCCUCUCCUCAACACUCCCACCCCCGUUGGGAACACACACACAUACGGAUCCUCCUGCCUCCCUCUUCUUCCUCACCCUGCCCUGCCUCUUUUAUUUUUUUCCUUCGGCUGGCUUUUUCCCUACCUCUCAGCAUCCUUGGCUGUGUCAGUUGGAGCCGCCGCAGCAGCAGCAGCAGUAGUCGCAGCAUCCAUGGCUUAAGCCUGAGCUCUGAUCGACAGCUAGGCUUUCCCCCACCCCUCCUCUCCUCUCUUUUUUUUCUUUUUCUUGUUUUUUUUCUGAGAUAGUUGACAGGUGACAUCUGGGGCCAUUGGAGGCUCACAGAUAGUCAGGGCGUUAGCCACAAGCGCACAGCUGCUCUUUGCCCAUCAAUUCUGCUGUGUAUCUGUAACCACGGGCUUCUUCUCUUCCCCCCCCCCCCCCCCCCCCUACACCUCGUGGUUUUAUUUCAGGCUCUUUGGAAAUAGAGGAAUGCAAAUCUGCAACCAUGAUGGAAGGAUUAAAAAAACGUACAAGGAAGGCCUUUGGGAUACGGAAGAAAGAGAAAGACAAUGACUCCACAGGGUCCCCAGACCGAGACGGGGGUGAACCCCAAGAAGUUGAGUCGUCCCAGAAAAAGACAAAUGGAACUCCUAAUGGCUUCUAUGAAGAUAUUGACUGGGAAAGAUAUAAUUCUCCUGAGGUGGAUGACGAGGGCUACAGUAUCAGGCCUGAUGAAGAAUCUGAGGAAGGAGUUGUCGCAAAGGCCCAUUUCUUCUCUUCUGAUGAGUCAGAGGAGGAGGAGGAUCGCAGAAAGAAAUUCAAGAUCAAGAUCAAGCCUCUGCCGGCUGAUCAUGUUGUGUCGGCGCCCUCGGUCGAUGAGCUCAAGGCCUCCAUUGGCAACAUAGCUCUGUCCCCAUCUCCUCUGAGACGUAGCCCGGGUUUAAAAGGAAACGCAUCUGGUGAGAAGAUUGCCAGACCAAGGCGUGUUGUUCCUGCCCCCAUGCUCUCCAAACCAGCUCCAGCCCCACAGCCCCCCAGUCAACAAACACCGGUCUCUGAAGACACAAAAUCCUUAUUCGGGCCUCCUUUAGAAACGCCCUUUGGAGAAGGGAAAACUGAAGUGGUUCUUUCUGAGUCUGAUGUGUGGGGGACUCCUCUCCCAGAGCCUGACUCAUCUUUGACAAGAUUCUUUCCUGCAGGAUCUCCUCCCCCGCUUCCACCCAAGAAAGUCCCAUCCUCCCCUCCAGCGACUGGAAGUCCCCCUGCAGAUAAUAUUGAAGCGCUGACGGAAGCAGAUGGCUCCGCCCAGAAGUCAUCCAUAGCUGACUUGGACAACAUUUUUGGACCAGAGCAGGCUCCCCCUGCUGGCGAGGAAAUAAGUGACACCUGGAUCUGCUUUAAUGAACAGCCUUCUGAAAAACCUCCUGUACCAAAGGAUGUUGCACCCCCCCUCCCCUCCUCACCUCCUCCACCAGAAGAACCAGCACCCCCACCACCAGCCUCCCCACCUCCACCUGAAUCUCCUGCUCCUCCUCUGCCUACAUCUCUCUCUUUUCCUGAAGAAGCUCCACCGUCUAUCCCCUCCCCUCCCACAAAGCAAGAUCCAGCACCUCCCCUACCCACUUCCCCACCUCCUUCAGAAAAACCUGUAUCGCCUCCCAUCUGUUCAGUUCCUUCCACGCCAGAGCACAAAAAUCCACCCACACCUGCCACUUCUGCUCCACCUACACCAAAGGAGCUUGCCUCACCCUCCGCCUCUUCCCCUCCACUUCUCAACUCACCUGUCAGUGUCCCACCAGCGUCUGUCCCUGAAGUAGACACUCCUCCAGCAGAAACUCCUCCUUCUGAAGAACCUACGUCCCAUUUGGUUUCACCACCACCAGUCCCCUCUCAAGAAGAACAUUCCAAGAACUCGGACGCCCCUCAACCAAAAGGGGAUGAAGGGGGAGUGGUCCCCAAGGACACCCCGCAGGGAGCUCUGAGUUCACCUCCACCACCUCCUCCUCCAACAUACCGUGCAGUGGUCUCCUCUCCAGGUCCCACAUCUACGCCUAGUGGUACAAAUAGUGGUUCAUCUUCACCUGUUCGACCUGCCACGCCAUCAUCAGGAAGCCCAGCUCCACCUCCACCUCCCCCCCGCCCACCAUCAAGACCAAAACUUCCUCCAGGAAAGCCUAGUGUCGGUGAUGUGAAUCGACCUUUCAGCCCACCGAUCCACUCUGCAAGCCCUCCCCCUAUUGCCCCUUUGGCGCGGGCUGAGAGCACCUCCUCUAUAUCCUCCACAAACUCUCUGAGUGCCGCUACCACACCCACUGUCAACAAGGAGCUCUGCGUGUCUGUGUCAGAAGAUGAUGCUUAUGUAGACAAACUGCCCACCUUUGAAAGACACUUUGAUUCAUUUGCAGAGAAUGACCAGCCAUCCCUUGUAUGGUUUGACAGAGGGAAGUUUUAUUUAACCUUUGAAGGCUGCUCCCGAGGGCCCAGUCCUCUCACCAUGGGUGCUCAGGACACGCUUCCUGUGGCCGCUGCAUUCACAGAGACGGUCAAUGCUGUCUUUAAAGGAGCCGACCCCAGCAAGUGUGUUGUGAAGAUCAUAGGUGAGAUGGUUUUGUCCUUUCCGGCGGGAAUCACACGGCACUUUGCCAAUAACCCAUCCCCCGCAGUGCUAACCUUCAGCAUAACCAACUACAGCCGACUGGAGCAUGUUCUGCCUAACCCCCAGCUGCUCUGCUGCGACACCACCACACAGGCCAAGGCUGAUUCCAAGGACUUCUGGGUGAACAUGCCAAACCUAAUAUCUCAUUUAAAGAAGGUGUCUGAGCAGAAGCCACAGGCAACAUACUACAAUGUGGACAUGCUCAAGUACCAAGUAUCGACACAAGGCCUGCAGUCGAGCCCUUUGAACCUAGCGGUGAGCUGGAGGUGUGAGUCAACCAGCACUGACCUGAGGAUAGACUAUAAAUACAACGGGGAGGCUAUGUCCACGCCCAUGGCUCUCAACAACGUCCAGUUUCUUGUCCCUGUCGAUGGAGGAGUUUCAAAACUUCAGGCUGUCUUACCUCCUGCAGCAUGGAACGCAGAGCAGCAAAGAAUUCUAUGGAAGAUCCCUGACAUCUCCCAGAAGUCUGAAAAUGGAGGUGUGGGAUCAUUGUUAGCCCGCUUCCAGUUAACAGAGGGUCCCAGUAAACCAGCUCCUCUGGCAGUGCAGUUCACCAGUGAGGGCAGCACCCUGUCAGGCUGUGACAUUGAACUGGCUGGACCAGGGUACCGGUUCUCACUCAUUAAGAAAAGGUUUGCCGCAGGAAAAUACCUGGCGGACAAUUGACCCAUGUUCCACUCUGACGAAAGGAUUUCAGUGAACUGUUGGAUCAGCACAGAGACCAGAGGCUGAACCCGAACUAGACACCAGAAUCUUCCUUAACCUUUCUCAAACCCACAAGUCUGCAGCUCACCCAGCAGUAUUGUAUAACCUGCGUUAAGUGUAACUUUUUCAAAGUCAAGUAAUUAUCAUAUUUGUAUUUAUCUCAUAACAUCCUACUGCAGUACAACACUGGGGUUUCUGAGCUGUCUGAAGCCUGUGCCUCUGUCUCUAUCCUCACCGGGUUCACUUGUGCUGGUGUUGGUAAAGGUUUUGCUGCAGCUGCCUGACUGAAAACAUGAUGUGCUGGGGAAAAGGAAAUUCUGAGCAACUUUGUGUUGUUUUCAGUGUCUAAGAUAUCUUUGACAAAGAUUUUUUUGGUUCAAAUACACAUCAACUUAAAUAGAUAUUCACAAAACGUAUUAUUGUUCUGUUGUGUUCAGUCAUGAAGCCUGAAACAGUUGUUUGGUGUUGUUGGUGCUUUAAAAAAAAAAAAAGAAACAAGAUAUAAAAAUAGAUGUUCACAUCACCUACUGGAACCACAGGGUCGCAUAAAUUUGGUAAUGCAGAUGCAGAAGUUGGCCAGUUUUUUCUCAGCAAUGCACACGCUGAUGCUUUUAGCAUGUUAGGCAGCUGCAGUGAGGAGUCAGUUCACUGGACACAAUAAAAAAAAACUGUUUCCCAGUCAGAACAAAAGAACCAUAAAAAGUGUCAUUUUAAAGCAGUAAUGUGUAUCUUAAGGGGCAUUUGGUGUUUUCUUCGUAUUGUCAGAUAGCCUUCCUGUUGUUCCCAGGACAGCAGUGUUAGACUCCAGAGUACAUGACAGCAUUCUAUUUUUAUUUAUUGAAGAUUAUUAUUUGUUGUAUAGAACAUGUGGUUCUGUAUAUGAAUAGAAUUUGAAUAGUGCAACACGACUGAGAACCCCUAAAGGUAUAAAUAUGACUUUUCUCUCAUUUUAUCUGUGUAGUUGGGUAACCUGUGUACAGUAUGAGGUAUAAUUUUUUUUAAUUUAUUUCAGAUAUAAUUUUUUAACUCAAGUGCAACAAAAGAUAUGAGCUAUAUGGGUUUGGGGAGCUGGGCGGGGGUAAAUUAAAGAAAAAAGAUAAAUAUCUUGCUGGAUGAUGUUUAAUGCUUUGUGAAAGCAGUGUUAUAUAGAGCUUGUUAUGCUGUGGGCAAGGUCCACACACUAAAGCCACCAUGUGUAUUUAUUUUAUUUUGAAGGUUUGGUGUAACCAGUUGGCCUACUGUUUCUGUACCUGUUAAUCAGGACUUUAUUUUGGUGAGCUUGGUGCUCCACAAAAGUUUGUAAUUGCAACUUGUUGUCCAAGAUGUUGAUAAUGGUUUCCCAUCCAUAAAAUAAAAAGAAGUACUACAAUACUGAAGUAUAAGUACUGAGUUAUAUCAAGAUCACCCAUACUUACAGAAUGCUAAGUAUACAGGUAGAAGACAGGAAGGACUAACUGGUUAUUUAAAAAACUUUCAAAAUCUUGAAAGAAUUAGUUUGACAUUUUUGAAAAUGCAAUUAUAAUUUUAUUAAUCACUUUUCUUUUCUAUAUCUGCCAAGGUUAUUCACUAAGCAUGAACACUGACAAUGUUUUUAAGCUUUGCAACUUCAAUUGCGAUGAACUUGAUGAAAAAUAUGACAGAAAAUAAUCUUCUUUGGCCUCUUGACAUAUUUCUUUUUUAAACAAAAGACACGUAUUAUUUUCUUUUGAGCAGCAAAUGGCUCACAUCGACUCAAAACAGUCCCUUAUACUAAACAUUAAUUUGAUCAAAUACAUCCCUGACCUCCAGGCCUACCCUUAUAGUGGUAAAUAUUAUCUCGAAGUUAUCAAUGAUACACACAUCACAUUUUAUAACUUAGUACACCAUCAGCAAAUCCUAAAGCUUUAAAGAUGUCAAAGCUUCAUUUUGAUUAUUGAUGCUAAACACUAGAAAUGUAAGGAGAAAAUGGUGCCUCAUAGAAUUCCUCUGAAUUUGUGAAUUGCCACGCAACCUGCAUCUGCAUUGUUCCCUUUUUAAGUUGUCAGAAAGUAACUCAAACUGCAUUCAUUUUCUGCAUUUAUUUUAUUUUAACCCUGACACACAUUUCAACCAAGUUAGCAAGCUGACUUACACUUGGCUUGAAAAGACUAAAAGUACAUUAAAAGCAAUGACUGUAAUUGGGAGCUGGAUGGAGUCUGACGUCACCCAUAUGAACGAUUUACUUCUGGCUCCAACUAAAUGAAGUCAAUUCAGUGGCCAUUUUUUCGCGAUACGGAGAUUUCCAUGUUGGAGCCAGAUGAUGUUAGUACACAGGUAAAUGAGCACAGUCAGUCUUGCGCUUAAGUUUCAAUGGAAACCACUCAUUAAUCAUUCUGCUGAUCAAACGUUUUGAAGGUUUGAGGGGCCGGUGGACACUACAUGCUUUUAUUGAGGCAUCUAAUUUGUCAGUUUAUAACUUGACUAAAGACUUAAUAUCAUACAAGCUAAUUAUAAUUAGCAAGAACAUGUAAAAAAAAAAAGGGUAGCAGAGCAAGAAAAGGUUUUCUGACAAGUAUAAUGAGUAGUUUCCCUCCCAUUUCCAUCUUUAUGCAAAGUUAAAAUGACUGGCAGCUUAUUUAGCCCCUGACAAGACAGACACAAGAAUGUCAAGCUGUUCUUUUAAUUGUGACAAUGAGGGAAAAAAAACAGUCUGUUUUUAUCCACUGUAGUGGUGAAAUGUGGUGACAAAGAACAGGAUUCAUUCACUGGGAUCAGCUUCCUUCUUUAACUCAAACCUCUAAGCAGCAAGGAAAAAAAAACAAAAAAAAAACAGCUCGGUUCUGUCAUCCACUUUCAUUCAACUUCGACUAUUGUUCACCAGUGGAGCUUCUCUUAACUGGAUCCUUACUGGUACUGAAAAUCCCAGUCUAUAUUAUUUGCACACCCUUAUGAACCAGCCAGCCCUUAAAUCCAUGGCUUUAUUUUUCAUAAUCAUAAUGGUCUCUGUGAGAUGUAAUAAUUUUAGUGAGGGUGUGGUGCAAGAUAACCAAAACGCUUUAUUAUUUUUUUGUUUUGAUGUGUGGUAUUUCAUGUGUGUGUACCCGGACAGUCAGUCCUCUAUAAGGAGAAUAGACUGGCUGUUUUUAAAGUGAAUAAAAAUGAACAAAAAUAUACUGUUUAUUGUAAAAAAAAAAAUUAUAAAAACUUAAAAGCACUGUGCUAAUAAUGUUGUACUUCUGAAUGCUCUGACGCUUAUUAUGAUGAACAAAAAGUGUGCUUGGAGUGCACCUGAAAGCCUCUGUACUGUUUUCUCCUCAUUCUGCUAAAUAUAACCAUUCGGAGUCAGACCAGUCACACAAGUAUCUGUGACUGAUUUUAGGAAAAAUGUGUUUAAUCUUGUACCAGUAUAUUCAGUUCAUGUGUAACUGUUAAUUGGGCAUAGCUGGAAGUUGAAGCAGAAAAUUGGGAUCAAAGUUGCCCAAAAAAUUCUAACUGUAGAUCUAUUUUUUUAUUGUACAUACCCAAAAUGCAGAAAAACUAAAGUGGCAUUUUGAAGUGAAAAAAAAAAGAUACAUGAUUGGUGCCAUUUAGUGCUUUAUGCAUUCUUUCUCCUUUGUGUUAGACAUCUUGAUUAGCCUAACAGGGUUUUGUCAACACCCAUAUGCAACAUAAAGCUUUUAAUGUAAAGAUCCCUGCAGCAUUAUCCUCCACACAACAAACCACCCUCAUGUAACUGUAACGCUUCUACACAGCUGGUUAGAGUGAAAGGCCACACAAAAGCUGCUCAACUGUUAGUUGCUUCAAUAUUGUUUGCUUCUUUUGAUUUGAAAGAAAUAGGAACAUAACCGUAACUCCAAGUUCUUCAUCUCUGUAAUGACUUUGUCCUGCAGUCAUUUAGUAUUGCAUGCAGAGCAUGCAGCAAAAUGUGGGACAUCUGGAUAGUAGCGAAAACAGUGUGUUGUGCUGAGCAGCUGUUUCUGUGCUAGAAAUGAGGGGAGAGCAGGGAGUGGAUUUAUGUGUGCAGGAAGCCAGGAUGCUUUAUGGAUGUGUACUGUUAACCUCAAAUACACGGACAAGUACAAGACGCAACUCCCAGGAUAAAUGAGGAUCAUAGUUUGCUUCUUCCCGAAAUCAAUAAAAGUUAUAACUGGA